AUGGCGAAUUGCUGUUUCAGGAAGAAGCGUAAAGAUCCCAACCAAUCAGUUGCCAUUGCUAAACCUUCCACUGGAGUCAAUGAUCCCCAUAUUUCUCGUGGCUGGAAAACUUCUAAACCACUCCAUGAGAUAACUUCCUCUCUCUCUUCACAUAAAGGAGUCAAUGAAGCUGUAUUUUUUUAUUCUGGGAAGAAACUUAAACCACUGCAAGAGAAGAAUUCACAUGUUUCUUCAAAUACACAUAUAGCAGUCACAGAGUACCAAAAUUCUCUUCCGAGAAGAACUUCUAAUCCACUUCAAGAUGUUCUUUCAAAUGCACAGAAAGAGAAGCUUAGGCAAGAAGAGAGAGAUGAUAUAUAUAAUGUCUCAAAUGGGAGAAAGCAAGAGGAUGUGCUUUGUUCUUACAAACUCAACCACUUUUGCUACUGUGUGUUGAAGAUUGCCACCCAAAAAUUUUGUGAAAAGAAUAUAAUAGGUCAAGGUGGUUUUGGUGAUGUUUAUAAAGGUUGGAUUGAUAAGUGCACCAUGAAUGCUGCAAAACCUGGUACUGGCACUCCAAUUGCCGUCAAGAAGCUCAGAAAUGAAGGAUCUCAAGGCUGUGAUGACUGGCUGAAUGAAUUGAAUGUUCUGAGCAGAUUGAACCACCCAAAUGUGGUGAAGCUCUUGGGCUUUUGUUGUGAGGAUAAACAUAGGAUUAUAGUGUAUGAGUAUAUGACCAAGAAAAGCUUAGAACGCCAUCUAUCAAAAGCAGGCAAUGGAGAGCUGAAUUGGAGCAGGAGAAUCAAAAUAGCUCUUGGAUCAGCCAGGGGUUUAGAAUAUCUCCACACAUCUGCUAAACCAGUCAUUCAUCGCGAUAUCAAGUCCUCCAACAUUCUGCUCGACAAUGCCUUCAAUGCCAAACUUUCUGACUUCGGUCUAGCUAAGUUUGGUUCCCAAGGCAGCGACACUCCUAUAGUGACCAGAAUACUCGGCACCCAAGGCUACUUUGCUCCUGAGUAUGUUGGAACAGGGCGGUUAACGCUAAAAACAGACGUAUACAGCUUUGGGGUAGUCCUCCUGGAGAUCCUCUCUGGUUCUGGCGCGGUAAAGAGGUAUUCGAAUGGGAAGACGGGGGAUCUUGCCAAGUUUGCUAUACCACUGCUUGACAAUAAGGAAGGAGUUUGUCGUGUAAUCGACAAGAGACUCGGAAGGAACCAAAGAAUCAAAGAAGCUUGCGAGUUUGCUCAAAUCAUCCUGCAAUGCCUUUGUUUGGACCCCCAAUGCCGGCCAACAAUGACUGAAGUGGUUCUUGCUCUUGAAAAACUAGAGCAAAAGAUAUAAAGCUCCCAUCAAAGUUCACCAAGAAAGUAAGAAUCGCUACCCUAUACCCGCAAAAAGAAAAAAGAAAGAAAGAAAGAAAGAAAA